UUGGGUGGCUGGCCACUCCCUUUUUGGAGGAGCAAGCUAGGCAAACAUUCUUGACAGGUACCUCAUCAUAAUUUCUACCUUCUGGUGUAACAGUUUUAAAUUUGGUUCCAAUUCUAAAAUUGCCACUAUUUGGGGGCUUGCCCCAUUGAUUCUGCAGCCCCGAUAAAAUUAUAUGAGCCACCUCCCCCACCCCCCACCUACUUGAAGAAUCCUGGAUCUGCCCCUACCGCGGAGUAUUUACUUAGUUUAGUUAACAGAAAUGCGUUAUUAUUGAUGCCUGAUAAACUCGUGUGCAAAGCUAAUUGUCUGGACUGCAACGCACCUUAGUCUCCCAUGCAGACGCUUAUAGCGCUCGUCACGCGUUCCUUCCCACGAACAUUAGCCUCGCAUGCAGACGCUCGUUCCCGAGCCCUAAGAGCGUCUGCGUGGGAGGCUAAACGCCCCUUGGAGACGGAUAUUUUGAAGUUUUCUCACUUCAUUGUUUUCAUUUCAAUUUACUUGUUUCAUAUGGAAAAUUAAGUUAUUACCCGAGCACAAUAACGUCACGCUUUGCUGACUAUGAAUUAAACUUUACACUCCACUCCACUGCCGUGAUCUGAUUGGUCAUGCAAAUAUUAAUCUAUGCCUGCAUAUGAAUAAUUCCCAUGUGCUUUAGCAGCUAUUGCCUGGAUACCGUUUUCGACGCUAACCCGCAACACGGGGUGAAAUAAUAUUGUUCGAUCGACUGCCAAUUAUUGUUCUCCAAGGAAACGACUCAGUCUGAAUCAUAGAGAAGUUUACCUUCGGAAACGCCAACUUUGCUUCAAGGUUGUACACUCCGAUAAGGCUAAAUUCCAUCACUUGUUAUUUUUGGAGAGGGGUGCGAAUAUUGGCCGGACAUUACUUCAUGGAGAAGAUCUGGUUUACUUAGCGACUCGAGAGCUUUAACCAUUUUGUUGCCAAGACACCAAAGGAUUAAAAGAUGACUUCGCGAAGUUCUCCGAUUCUCGCCCCUCGCUACAUGGAGAAAGAUUACCUUCAAAGUCUCAACGAUCGCUUUGCUUCGUACGUUUCUCGCGUGCGGCAAAUGCGUGAACAAAGCGGUCGAAUGGAAACCGGAAAUCUCGUCAACACGACCAAGAUUCUAGAAGACGAGAUCAUAGCUUUGAAAGGCAUGUACGAGCGACAACUUGAAGAGUUGAGAGACAAACUUGAGGUCAUGGCUCGCGAGAGAACGCAACAUCAAUUGGCUGCGGCGAAGAAUUCUGCCCUGGUGGCAGAGCUUCAAGACAAGCUGGGAGAAGAAACAAGUGCUCGGAAAAAGACAGAAAAUGCUCUAGCAGAUGCUCACCGCGUUAUUGCAGAAAAGGAGGCGCUGUUGCAAGAUGCACGAGUCACAACCACCCAGCACCAGAAUGCUCACAUGGAUACCAAACGAGACAGGGAUGGUCUGCAGUCUGCGCUGACACAGACACAGCAGGCAUUAGACGUGGAGGUGGCUGCAAGGGCUGAUCUGCAGACUCUAGCCAAUCAACUCAAAGAAAAGCUAAACUUUCAACAACAGCUUCAUGAGAAGGAGUUGCAUGAGAUGCGCUGCCGACUAGAUGAAGCUGAGAGGACAAUCUUGUUAGCUGAGGAGAGGUUGCAUGAGCAUAACAUCAUUGACGAAAAUUUGUCUGCCAUGCUGGCCAAAGUGAAACUGCACAGUGAGGUGGAGUUACGACGGUUUAAAGAAGAGGCAGAGAUCUCAUAUCACAAUGGGGUGAAUCAGAUAAGAAUGCAACUGGAUAAUGAAUCUCGAAACCUUGCAGCAGCUACAGAUGAUAAUAUUCACCUGAAAGCUCAAGUUGAAGCAUUGAACUCCAAAAAUAUCAAUCUUGAGGCUAAGUGUUCCAGUUUGGAAGCACAAAAUGCUGGCCUGAUUCAGUCACUGGAGAUGGAACGUCAGCAGGCAACAAACACCAUAAAGAACCUUGAGGCCAAGUUGCGAGAGCUUCAAGAGGCCCUGAUGGCAAAAGUGCGAGAGUUGGGUCUAGCGUACAAUGCUCACCUUCCUCUAGAUCUAGAACUGGAUGCAUUUGCUACUUUGUUGGAGGCAGAGGAAAGAAGACUGAAUCUAGCCAUGGAAAGCAAACUUAAUACGACACCAGUACGUUCCCACACCUGGCAUGCUACCCCUACAGAGAAAGUUGUCAUCCCAGCAACCAAACGUCCUGCCACCACCUUGGGAAUUGCUCAUUCUCCAGCAACUACAAGCACUGCAGUACUACGAAGACCCAAGACUAUCUCAGGUACCUUAGCUGGCACUAAAGUUAAGCCUGUAGUCCAUCCGAUAACCACCAGUAGUCCAUAUCGGCACACCUGGUCCUAUGUACCAAACUUUGUGGAUUACCACAGCCCUACAUCAAGUCAUACAGGAAACGUUCGUAUCUUGGAGGUUAAUCCCGAUGGCAAUUAUGUCAGAGUCUUCAACACUUCCAGCUUCAAAGAUGAAGAGAUUGGUGGGUUUAUGAUUCAACAGAAUGUCGCUGGAAGGCCUGUGACAGUCUUCCGUUUUCCUCCGAGAACUCGCCUAAAGGCUCUGUCACAUGCAACUGUGUGGUCAGCAGCAAGUUUGUCGAGACACAAUCCUCCAUCAGACUUCCUGUGGAAAGAUCAGCACAAAUGGGGGACUGGACCAGAGUGUACCACAAUCCUCUGCAAGCCGAAUGGACAGGCUGUAGCAUGGACCACUGCCGCUUAUCCAUUCGGUGUGCCCAACCAAAUUCCCACACGAGACACAGGUCCAACUGUCUUGCCAGAGACUGGUUUAGACAAAGGGCCUGUCACGGAAAGGACUUCCCCUCGCUCUCCAAGGUUUAAAGCCCCCGACCCUGUGCCAAGAGAGAUAGAAGGCAAACCUUUCUCUAACCCCCCAACUGACCCUCUUCAUCCACACACUGUUCAACCCAGGACCAAGACUGGCGGCCAUGAUGCCAUGAGUAUGCACCCUCAGGCGAGAUCGCAGACAGAAAGGCCGGACCCUUCUGGGGCCAGUCGAACUGGAGGUGCUCCCCUAAGAAGGUUUACAGGGACGUCUCUACCGAAUUGCAAGAGCUCAGCGCCAAAGAAUGGCCAGGGAGGAUCCAUACGUGUUUUACCAGCAACAGACUUCAGUUCACCGUCACAAAAACAUGAAGACAGACUCAGCCAAUUAAGCAGUCAGCAGAAAGUUGAGUUCGCGCCGCCAAUGCCACGACCGUAUGUCAUAACGCACACAUGAUUUAGAAGUACGCACAUUCACAAGAAACAUUCAGAAUGAGAGGGACUACAAAUGAUGUCACUUUAAUGAUGUCUCUGAGUCCAUGAACAUUACUAACCUGGAGAUUUGGUACAACCUUAACAUUUGUUCCUUUGUUCACUCCACCCGUGGAUGGAGCAUGUAAAUAACUGGCCUCGGUACGGAUAAAGUGCACGCCAAUACCAAUGUUAUCCCAGUUAGUGAUGCAUAGAUGAGCCAUGUCAGGAUUUCGUUUUUACAGUGCUUGCCACUUGACAAUCAUUUUUGUUAAUUUUUUGCGCUUUUCUCGUGGCUUCUUUACUUGAUUUGGCAAUGAAAAUGCAAUCAGUGAGGGUGGCAGAGUUGUCAACUGUCAGAGAGCGCAUUUCAAAAUUGGCAACUCCGUCUCUGACAGUUCUUGCGCAGUGAUUGACCAGUCAAAAAGACACCAGAAUGCUAUCAAUAGCACCAGCAGUAGCAACAGCACGGUAAGGUUCUACAGAGCUUCCAACUGAAGUGAAAUUCAUUUUCUGCAAUGUAAAUAGACCCUUAUCGCUGGUAUAGCUGGCAUAAUAUGACAGUGAAGUUAUCUUUUAUAUUAUAUAGAACCAUUAUCGUGCCUGUUAGUCGUUGCAAAUCGGCAGAAUUUCUGACUCUAAGUUGAUAGCAUCCUACGCUGACGCUAUUUGGACUCUCUGCGGAGGAGUGCGUCAAAAGCCGCAAGAAUUUCUGGGUAGUUGACUACCAGGCAGACAGCAAACUCCAUUUCAUAGUACGUUACACUAACUGGGAAACAAGUAUCAAAUAAUUGCACGUCAAACACUGUAAGAUCCUGGGUAAGCAAAAGUUUUCCAGGACCCCUGUCGGUUUGAAAUUGAAUUUUUUUAUAAGCACAUUUUCAAUUCUGAAUAAUUGUAGACCUUUUUAAGAAUUUUAAUAUCACGAAUGUACGACGUCUUCAAAUGUACUUUGGAAAGAAGAUAUCUAAUGUUGAAUGAAUAAUUUUGGUCGGGGAGGCAAGUGACGUUUUAGACAAAUUUGGAAGUUCGGAUUAUCUUCAACCAAUCAGCUACCUCGUGCCCAGGCUCCGUUGCAAUUUGUCGGUGAAGCGUGUUUCGCCAGACUCCAAGGAGGGACGCAAGGGACAAGGUAGACCAAUCAGGAAUAAUCAUAGCUGUUAUACAGCUAAGCCUGCGUUACAUACUUUUGUAAGCUAAGAAGGCACAGGAACGAGAUUUAAGGGUCGCACUUCGCACACGUUCAAUACAAUGUAGCCCGACUCUGUCGCGUCGGUUGUGCGUCUAACCGACGAGUACUAUAGUAACGGCCAAACAGUGUAAGUUGAGCGUUGGGCGCGUAGGGAGGAACUUGUUUCCCAGGCUGUAUUUGCAUGGUGUGAAUGCGUGACUUGAAUUGUACUAAAAAAAAAAAAAUAGUUUCUGAAAUAAAAUUACACUAAUGCUGUUGUUUGAAUUGUGCUCAUUUUCAUGUCGCCUGUUAACGGGCUCCGACUGGAAGGGUCUGACUAGGAACUGACUGAGACGGAGGGAUAGAGAACGCUCGGGUUUCAGAUUAUGCAAAUGUUUUCGUCCUGUGGACGUUGCUCUUUUACUUCUCAGGUUUUGACUGUGAAUUUGUUUUGAUUAAGUCACUGGAACGAUCUCAGUUCCCCCACCCCGCCUUAUUUUUUUUAUUUUUUCAUUUUUUUUAUUUUUUAUUUUUUAUUUUAUUUUAUUAUUUUUUUUUUUUUCAUACGCUUUAUGUUGUUUAAGUCACCCUUACAGGACGAUUAUCUCCACGAGUAGCUCGCGUGCGGGAUAGAUUGACGUGUCAGCAAGGUCAAUACAGUUACUCUUUCGCUGCAUUACUCUUAUUCCAUAAAAGAAACGAGGUCAUUACUUUCUCUCCUUAUCACAUAUAUAUAUAUUUCAUUUCAUUUCAUUCAUUUCAUUCAUAUAUCUACAAAAAUCAGUAGGUUUACAAUUCAAAAUGUAAUCUCGCACAAUAAUUCCUAUAUCUCAAGCAAGUAUAAUAAAUCUGUUUAAACUCGUUCCAACGUAUUUUAUUAUUUCUUUUUUUAAUGAUCGAACUUAGUAACUAAGCUGGAACACAAGUAACGAUUAUCGAGGAGCAUCACCCACAACAAAUAUACUUAAAAGUCAUGCGUUUUCUUUGGUUUUGCACUGCUACGCUUAGUGAUCGACUUUGAAAAUUCUCGCGCCAAAUUCUCAGCUAAUCAGAAGUCAAACCAAAACCAAUCGUAACUCGCUCACGCACAUGUUUUCCCGCGCUUUGCAGCGGCCACCUAUAUUUACUUUGAUCCCUGAUUGGUUCGCUGGAUAUUCUGUGUCCUUUUGUAAUUGGCCAGAUUAAUUUUGAUUUUCAAUUAAAAGCCGCCCUGACAUAGAGUGGAGAAGUAUCUAGGAAAGUAUACUCUUUUCACGUAAAGACCAAGCCCUGCUGUAAAUUCAUAAUAACAAUAACAAUAACAAUAACAAUAACAAUAACAAUAACAAUAACAAUAAUAAUAAUACGAAUACUAAUACUAAUACCAAUAAUAAUAUAAUAAUAAUAGUAGUAGUAAUUUUUUUAAAUAAACUUUGUUGACUACUUUUUCGUACAAACUUGAAUCUUACAUGUAUCUGGUAAAAAGUAAAUAACACAUAUUAAAACAUAGUAAAAAGAAAAUAACACAUAUUAAAACAUAGUAAAAAGAAAAUAACACAUAUUAUACUAGCCUCAGCUACAGUUCGCUCCAUGAAGGAAACUAAGAGUUUUGGCGCUAUUUAAAAGUUUUACACUGUACUGUGACGCUUAAAAUUUCGGAAGCUUAAAAAUUUCGGACGGUUUUAUUUUGGGGCAUUUUUUGUCCGAAAUUAAAAUUGUCCGAUAAUUUUGGCAAGUAAUGUAACAAGUUUAGGUUUGGGGGCCAACAUUCCAAAAAGAAAGUGAACCUAGGCAACACUUCCAAUUUGCCUGUUCUAGAAUAUUUUCCUGUAACGAAAAAAAGGAGUAAACAUAAAGCAAAAUUAAAAUAGGAUGGAACAGGCUCCCUGUCAACCUUUGCCUUAUUUGCUUUUUUUACGUUUUUUCUUCUUAUGCUCCUCUGUUCUCGUUUCUUCUGAGGUUUCUGGGGCAGUCUUCAGAGGAGGCAA